UUCCUCUCCCCUCAAAAUGCAGCGUGCUGAGUCGGCCUCCCACACACGGUCUGAGGGCCAGACUUGGAGGAUGGACUUUGGGCUGCUGUUCCUGUCUCUGUCCCUGUGGCUCCUGGCCGCCGCUGGGCCCCAUCACGCCUUGGGGUCCACAGAUUCCUGCCCAGAGAGGCUGCUGGGAGAGGAGCGCAGUAGGACCUGUCCCCGGCCUUGUAAAAUAGACAAAGACUGUGGCAACAAGCGGCAGUGUCUGUGUGACGGACAAUGUGGCCUCAGCUGUGUAGCUCCAGGUCGUACAUGUCCAUGGCCCCUGGCCCCGGGGGGCCACUCGGCCUCUCGUCUGCUGUCUCCCACCCACUCCUUCUCUGCCCUGCUGGAGGUGCGCUGCAACCCCGGCUUCACGCUGCCCAGCGGCCUGGAUGCAACCAUCCGCCGUUGCCAAGGCGACCGACAGUGGAGCGGAGAUGAGCCUAUCUGCACAGAAGCCCCGCCCCCCUCCACUCUGCCCCCCAUCCUCCAGGCCCCCAACACGGGGCCCCUCACCAUGCAGCCCCCCGCCAGCCCGACCCCCAUCUGCGCCCUGCCCGACGAGGUGCUCAGCAAACUCAGCGUCCAGGGCACUGCGGCGGUGGGAACCAGCAUCCUGUACAGCUGUCUGUCUGGGGCAUCUAUAGUGGGAAGCAGUGAAAAUUUCUGUCAAGGAAAUCAAACAUGGCAGUUCCCUCACCCCGUAUGUCAAAUGGUCUUCUGCGUGCCCCCCCCGCCGGUGGAGCAGGGCUACGUGGUGGCCGUGCUGAAGACUGAGUACGAGGUGGGCUACGACAUCCACUACCUGUGUAAGAAGCACUUCCUGUUGGACGGGCCGCAGAAGGUCACCUGUCUGUCCAAUGGCAAAUGGAGCGCCCCUCCCCCACACUGCCGAGCUCGCUGUCUCCUCCCGGCCCAGCGGAGCCGUGUGCUGAUUGGUGGAGAGAAGCGCUGGCCCUUCGACCUGACGGACGGCAUGGUUCCCCAUGGGGAGAACGUCACCUUCUUCUGCAAACAUCCCCGCAAACAGUGCAGCCUCACCGUCAGCCAGGGCUGCUUUGACGGAAAACUAGAGCCCCCAGAAUGCUACCUGGAGCCCACCUGGCUGCAGUACAAGCUGUUCCCUCACCGGCUGGUCUCAGAGAUCGACGCCUGUUUGCCUGGAGACCAGGAGGGAUGAGGGGCCCCGAGAUCUACUGCCUCUACCACGGGGCCCUCAGCAGCGUGUCACACACACAUACACACACACACCUACACACACACACCAACACACACACACACACGCGCACGCACACGCACACACACACACCUGAUAAUUGUGCAUGUGUCAGACCAUUGAGUAUUUCUCAAGGCAUAUUUUUUACACAGUUUUGUUUCAAACACUGCAUAUGGUUUUAUUAUCAUCCCUACCACCUUGCACUGUAUAAGAUAAUCAGACAAUACAUGAUUAACAAUCAUAAUAUUUUCUGAAAAUGACAUAUUGCAUUCCUCAUGAUGAUUUAAAAGUACAUAUUAUACCUGCUAUGAACUUUUUCUCCAUAUACCUUGUAAGUUUUUCAUUAUAUUCAACUACAAGAGACUGCUUCUGUCUGCUUCUCUUCAAAGUAUUUGUGCCAUCUUUUGUCGGCGUGGUUACAUGUUUUGGACGCAUCAAGCCUUGUUGUUGCUUGUAAGUUUUGUUAAUUCAAUAUUUUAAAUAAAACAAUUUAAAGUC